CAUACAUCUUUGCGCAUGCGCAUCAGAAUCCAGUAUUGCGAGUGGAGAGAGGAGAGAGAAGAAGGAGGUGGUAAACUAGGUGUUUCUGAGGGGUAGUAGAGAUGAGCAGUGGGCAGAAGACGUGUUACAAGUGUGGCCAACCUGGUCAUAUCUCCAAGGAGUGUGGGAAUGGCGGGGGUGGCCGUAUGUUUGGUGGAGGUGGCAGAGGAAGAGGGGGGCGCUCAGGUGGGAAAUGUUUUCGCUGUAGCCGCCAUGGGCAUUACGCCUACGAGUGCCGAGAAACAUCAGACCGCUGCUACAAAUGUAACCAAUUAGGACAUAUUGCUAAAGACUGCCCCAAAGAAAUUGAGUCAGGUUGGGAAUGUUUUUGUAGAAAAGAAUUUUUUUAAAGUUUUUUUAUGCAU